CUGUAUUCACACGUUUGGUCCCACGGUGGAGUCUCCUCCACUACGCGAACUUUUCCAUUGAGAGCACAGCUGCUUUUGUUUUCCUCAUUGGCAGGCGUUAAUGAUAAUGAAAAUAUUAUUAUAAUAAAACCCAAAGAGUUCCGCCGCAAUUAAUGAAAUCAUCACUAUCAGAGCAUUGUUAAACGGCAAUAAACCGUAGAUUGAGGUCCCAGAAAAUAUCGACCAAGUGACAACAAUUUGCACCGUGCACUUAUAAUGGGGCAAUCAAUAAAUCGGAUGGCCAGACGCCAGUUAAUUCCGUAACUGAUCAGACAUGGUUUAUUAUUCCAGUGGAGAGAGAAGACCCCUGCUAGCCAGAGUAGUUCCGAAUCCGCUUAGGAGAUUAGCCUCGGGAGGUCUUGGCGUGCGACACUGGCAGGCGGUUCUUCUGUUCGUGGGCAUGAUGAUCAACUACUUCCAGCGGGUCAACAUCUCUGCUGCCAUUGUGCCCAUGACGCAGUCCACCGCGGGUGCUCCGUUCUACAGUUGGGAUACGUCGGACAAGUCCCUGAUCCUUAGCAGCUUUUUCUGGGGCUACGUCGUCUCCCAGGUGCCGGCAGGACUGCUGGCCAAGCGAUUUGGAGCCAAGUUAGUGCUGGGCCUGGCGACUGCAAUCGGAGGUAUUUUGUGCUUCUUCCAUCCCAUUGCAGCUAAAAGUGGGUGGCAGAGUAUCUGCGCUCUGCGCGUCCUUACCGGGCUGGUCCAGGGCACGGUUUAUCCGUGUGUCCACACGCUGCUGGCUAAGUGGGUGCCACGCACGGAGCGGGGACUGCUAACCACUGGCGUUUAUUCGGGAGCACAGUUCGGAACGGCUGUCAUCCUGGUCAGCAGUGGCUUCAUCUUCGAAUCCAGCAUGGGUUGGCCAGGGUUGUUCUACCUUUCCGGUGGUAUCAGCCUGGCCUGGGCGCUGCUUUUCUUCUGGCAGGCGGCCAAUGAGCCGGCUACAGCCAGCAGGAUUAGCAAAGGCGAGGUGGAGUAUAUCGAAAGCCUUACGGGCAGCAACAGCUCCAGUCAGUCUAUGCCUGUGCCCUGGAUGUCGAUCUUUAGGUCGCCAGCCUUCUACGGUCUGCUGGCCGCACAUUGUGGAUUCACCUGGGGCUUCUACACGCUGCUCACCGAAAUGCCCACUUACAUGAGCAUGGUUCUGCAGCUAAAUGUCAAGUCCAAUGCCUUCCUCUCCUCGCUGCCAUACUUUGCCAUGGGCCUGCUGUGCUUUGUGGUCAGUCCCAUAUCGGAUUUGCUCAUCAACAGAGGCACCAUAUCGAUCACCACGGCUCGAAAGCUGUUUAAUUCGAUUGGACAGUGGGGCCCGAUGGCUUGUUUGAUUGGGCUGGGCUACAUGACAGCCGAUGAGAAAACGUGGGCCAUUCUUCUGCUGACGCUGGCGGUGGGCAUCAAUGCGGGCUGUUCCUGCGGAUAUCUAAUCAAUCACAUCGACCUGUCGCCAAACUUUGCCGGCCCCAUGAUGGGAGUUACCAAUGGGAUAGCGGGAGUGACCUCCAUAAUAGCUCCUUUGGUGGUGGGAGCGAUCGUAUCGGAUGAGGAGGAUCCCAGCCAGUGGCGCAUGGUGUUCUUCAUUACAGGAGGAAUUUACCUAGUGUGCAACACUAUUUUUGUGAUAUUUGGCAAGGCCACUAUUCAGUCGUGGAACGAACCCCCAUCGACGUCUAGCACGAUGACGCUCCGCAGCCACCAGGAGAACGAUUCAAAGUCCACUGCUCCCACGUCAGAUAAAGACAUUCGGUACUAAGCUCUCGACCUGCACCUGGACGCCGUGUACAUACAUUCUCGUUAAUUGUAGUAAUUAUAAGUUAUUCUUAUUUAAGCUUGCCGCUGUGACAGCGUUAUUUGGAUAUGCCUAGCUAUAACUAAAGAUAAUGGUUUAUGUUUACGCUUAUGCUUAGGGAAGCUUAAUAUGACUUAGUUGUGUGAUAAGCCCAAAAUAUGACUUUACUAUGUGUGGCACGUUUCGAAGGUGCUUAAGUCGUUUUAACUAUAUCAAUAAGUGAGUUGUGUAUGCAAGCAGCAUAUUAAUAAAUAUUUACAGUCCUGUGUCA